AUGGUGGAGAUGGUGAAGAUGAGGAUGAUGAAGGAAGGUCAUUCCCACAAAGAAAGGGAUGGAAACGGUCCUGAGGGACAUCAAGAAGUGAUGGAGAUGGUGAUGAUGAUGAGGAUGAUGAAGGAAGAUCAUUCCUAUAAAGAAAGGGAUGGAGAUGGUCCUGGAGAACAUCAAGAGAUGAUGAUGGUGAUGAUGAGGAUGAUGAUGGAGGAAGGUCAUUCCCACAAAGAAAGGGAUGGAAACGGUCCUGAGGGACAUCAAGAAGUGAUGGAGAUGGUGAUGAUGAUGAUGGAGAAUGAUGGAAGAAGGUCCGUUCCACAGGACAGAGAAUGGACAGGAUCCUGGAGGACAUCAGGGGAUGGUGGAGAUGGUGAAGAUGAGGAUGAUGAUGGAGGAAGGUCAGUUCCACAGGACAGAGGACGGACGGGAUCCUGGAGGACAUCAAGAGAUGAUGAUGGUGAUGAAGAUGAUGAUGAUGGUGGCGGAAGAAGGUCAGUUCCACGGGGAAGAGUAGAGAUGAUCUGGAGAACAUCAAGAGAUGAUGAUGAUGAUGGUGAUGAUGGUGAUGAUGAUGAGGAUAAUGAUAAGGAUGAUGGUGAAGAUGAUGAUGAUGAUGAUGAUGAUGAUGAUGGUGGAAGGUCAGUUCCACAGGGAAGAGCACAGAGAUGA